AGACUACCGCGGGAAACCAGCCAUGUGCUUACGUAACGUGGAUAUUUAGUAAACAAGUUGACAACCCUUGUGUGACCAAUUAAGGGUGGAAAAGGGUAGUAGUGAGGGUAGGAACAGUGAACCAUGUGCUAACGGGAGGCUUUUAUAUGGUUUGUCAACCCUUCAGUUACAUAACAACUUGCCAUGAGGUCAAAAGCAGUAAAAACUGGCAGCGAAAGUUCAACGGCUGAUGAAGUUAAAUCGGAUUUACUAAGCUCUGGUUCUCGGACGAGACCAAGAUCGGCGCAGAAGAACUACUAUGAAUCUGGUAACUCCGACGAUUCUAGCAGUGAUGGGGACGAAGAGCAGCAAAACUGGAAACCAAAGAUUCAAAGACCCUUCAGUAAAGCAAGAAGAAGCGAAGAAACUGAUAGCUUUAGUUCAGAAGAUGAUUUCGAGCCGGAAGCUAAAAAAAUUAAAUCGAAGAAACUUGGUCAGAAUCGAAGUGGCCAGAAGGCCAAAACGAAACUACGAAUUCCUAUAACAAAUAGCAACAGGACCAGACGGGGUAAAAAUAAGGAUGAUGAGAAGGAAGAGGGUUCGAGUGAGGAUGAAGAGAGGAAAGGGAUGAAAAUGGGGUUUAGUUAUAAUUCUAAGAGUCUUUUAUUGAGCAGUGAAGGAAGUGACUCUGAUGUUCCUGAGCCUAAUUCUUCAUUUCUUAAACGUGAUGCUUUGGAAAAAUGUAAGCAGGACAUUGUGGGCCGUCAUGAAAGGGAGCAAAAGCAGGCAGAGGUGGGUAAAGAGCAAGAUGUUAAGGGCUCUGGUGAAAAUAGGGCAGCUGAGGAAUCGAAGGGGAAUAUAAAAAGUUCUGUCUUUAAUGAAUUUUUGUUGGGUGUGAAAGAUGUGAAUGUCGAUAAAUGUGGCACUGAAUCAAAAGCUGAGGUGGAUGAGAAAAAUGUGACUCGUUUGAAAACCUCCGAGAAGGUUGGUGAACCCAGCAAGGGCAAAAGCUCGACGAAGAAGAAAGAUAAAAAAGAAUUAGCGGCUGGUUCGAAAUCUAAAGGGCCUCAUCACGUCAAAGGUGGGGGUAACGAUGACGAAGGAGGUUCUGAAGUUGGUGGAAAGAAAGGAAAACGAACGAAUCAGAGAAAGACAAAUGUGAAGAAGAAGGAAACGGUAAAAGCUGGUGAUGUGAAAAAAAAGGGGGCAAUUGAUGAGGAUGAUAUCAGGGCUAUGCUGAUAAAGGUUGAAGGGAACAAGCAUCUGAGGGAGCAGAAUAUGGCAGGGACCACUGAAGAUUCGAGUGACUCAGCGUGGGAAGAAGUGGCUGAUGACCCGACCUGUGCCUCCAGCAGUACAAGACAGCCCCAGGAAUCCAUUGAAAUCACACUGGAACAUGAGGAGUGGAUGAAGAGGAAGAAGAAAAAAAAGAAAUCCUAUCAAGAAGAAUGGCAGGCGUUUCUAAAAAGGAUUAUCAACAACUUUCAACGCAAUCUGAGAAUUCAAACACACAAGGUGCAUCUAAUCUGCUGCCUCUGUCAUGGAAUGCACCUGAACAGAAUCUGCAACGACCCCACGGUCCAAGCUCUCGGUCUUUCGUUAGUGACACAGGUGCCACCACGGCACAAGCUCACGUUAACGAAUGUCAAAGAUGUCAUAAUUAAUUUCUCCAAGACGAUAGAAAUUCAUACGAGAGAAAAUCCAGAUGGCAGCAGCAGCCAUGAGGACGACUUUUCCUGUGAUGCCGUAAUGGAAGCGUUGUCUCUUCGCAGAGCGACCAGUGCCAAAGAACUAGUUUUGAUGGUUGCUGCCAUGCUGCGGGCCCUUGGUUUAAAAAUCCGCAUUGUUCUCUCCUUUCAUCCGAUACCCAUGAAAGACACUAAGGAAAAGACAAAAGUGAAGAGCCAGACCUCGAAAAAGACAAGCUCCGCACCUGACAAUUCGGCAAAAGAUGCCGAAAGUAAUGCGGAAUCAAGUGCAGGGGUUAAACAAACUGAAAGCAGGAAAGGAAAGAGCAAGGCCCCAAAGACAGUGAAAGUGAAACUAGAGCGAGAACCCUCAGAAGAAACUACUACAAAACUCAGGAAAUGCCGCCCAAGUCGUGCACGGAAAGCAAAUAUAAGUUAUAAAGAUGCUGACAGUGAUGACUCGUCGGAUGAGAUUAAGCCUGAAGUGAAGAAGGAACCCUCGAGGAAACCUACGCAAAAAGCAGCAUCGGAAAAUUCCGGUUCAUCGAACAGCGAUUUUGAAGAGGACACAAUUGAGUUUAGAAGUGCUGAGAAAAAGAAGACGAGUCGAAAGACGAAAACGGUUGCCAAGACGACAUCUCACAAACUCCUCUCCAGCAGUUCUUCAGACAACAGUUUAUCGGUCAAACACGAUUUAGAGACUUGGAUUGAGAUUUACCUUGAAAAAGAAAACAGAUGGCUUUCCGUGGACUGUGUUGAUCAUGUGUUUGAUGACGUUGGUCACUUUGGCAAAUUGUCCAGCCAGCAGCUAGUUUAUGUUAUUGCGUUUGAUAAUGAUGGCUACCUCAAAGACUUGACUGCUCGCUACUCUGAUGACUUCCUGGUGAAAACGAGAAAGCUACGAGUGGACAAAGAAUGGUGGGAUGAGACACUGAAGCCUUAUGUAAAUACGAGUGCAGACGAUGUCAAAGAAGAUGAGCAAAUAAAAGGCCAGCUUCUCGACCAACCUCUCCCGAAAACAAUUGGUGAAUUCAAAAGUCAUCCUUUGUAUGCCUUGAAGCGCCACCUCCUCAAGUUCGAAGCUAUCUACCCCAACUCUGCAGUACCCCUAGGGUUCAUUAGAAACGAACCAAUUUAUGCCAGAGAAUGUGUGGUCCAGUUACAUGCCCGGGAGACAUGGAUGAAAGAAGGAAGAUGCGUGAAGAUUGGUGAAGAACCUUACAAGAUGGUGAAGUCCAGGCCGAAAUGGAAUAAACCAAAAGAAAAUCCUGACAUUCCAGACCUUGAAGUUUUUGGUUUCUGGCAGACCGAAGUCUAUGUUCCCCCUCCAGCUGUCAAUGGUAAAAUCCCCCGUAAUGAAUAUGGGAAUGUUGAGCUGUAUAAACCAUCCAUGUUACCAGGAGGAACGGUCCAUUUGACAGAACCAGGCCUCAAUCGUGUUGCUAGGAAGCUGGGUUUGGACUGUGCCGCUGCAAUGGUCGGCUGGGACUUCCAUGGUGGAUCUUCGCAUCCUGUAUUUGAUGGUUGGAUUGUGUGUGUUGAACACAAGGAGAAAGUUCUGGCUGAAUGGCACAAAGAACAACAACUUGCCAAAGAAAGGGAAACUGCGAAACGAGAAAAGCGUAUCUAUGGAAACUGGAAGAAGCUUAUCCGUGGUCUGCGAAUUCGCGAAGCCUUGAAGAGGAAAUACGACUUGCAGGAACCUGAAGACUUCGAAGAAAUUCAAGCAGAAGAGACAAAAGAUAAAAAUACUCAGAGUGUUGCUAAGUCUACCUUGGUUGCUACUGUCGACGAUGGCGAUGAGGAGGAUGAUGAUGACGACGAUGAUGAUUAUCAACCAAAGAAUCGGCAGAAACCCUCUAAAAGAAAAUCUCCCGCUACAAAAACCAAGGCGUCGGAAGAGGACGAGGAAAUGUCGCCAUCAGCGAAGAAGAAGAAAAAAUCAACAGCAAAAACAAAAGCAAUAAAAAAGAAGAAAUAACAACAAAAAAAAGAAAGAUGCUUCUCUUGCACCCACUGAAAUCUGGGUCCAUGGAAGGAAUGACUUUUGAAGAUCAACUCAGGGUCGGCUUCUGUUGGGUUGCCAUGCCAUAACGACAUUUAUCAUACAUUUCAGAUUUAUCACACGGACAUCAGUUUUAUUUUUUUAAAAUAUUCUUAUUUGGGGUGGUUUUUAUUCUUGUCAUUUUAUAUUUUGUUUUUAUUAAUUAUUGUUAUGUUGUUGCGGCAGAAUUUGUAGACGGAACAAAAUGUCUUUUGGUAUUUUGUUACGGUUUUUUAAUUAACCUUCAUCUUUCUGUUCUUGAUUAAAGCUGAUUAUUUCAUCUCC